AAAGUUAAUGAGCCUCCCUCGCUGUCUGACAACAGAAAGCAGGUAACCUUGAGAAGAGAGUCAUCGUGACCCGUCGGCUUCAAGUGCAAAAAAAAAAAAAAACAUCUUCAAAAUACAUAAUGAGUGAUUCAGAACAGCAACAAGAGGCAGAGAAAGUGUCUCAGCCUCAGUGGCCUGAGAAUGGAGAGGAUUGGAGUGAUGGAGAGGAUGGGACAAACAUGGACUGUGGGCUCCUGCAGGCCAUGGCUGAGGAGGAUGAGGAGAUCAACGUCUACAAUGAGGAGACGUUUGGGAUGGAUCUAGAUGCACAUGGGACCACAGAGGAUCCCAGCAGCGGUCUCCUCCAGUUUGGAGAGCCACCACCUCCUCCACCAACACCACAACCACCACCAGACCUUAAACCCCCAUCCCCUCACAGCUCCCCCUCCCCUCCCAGACACCGCACGCAGUAUCUGCCCCGGCCUCGCAGAGGGAGGGGGCAGAGGGGAGGGCUGGGCAGGGGCCAGAUGUUUGAAGACCCAGCUGUGAUGAGGAUAGUAGAGGGGCGACCAAGCCUCAAGAGUCUCGACAGUGCCAUAGUGGACUGUGGGAACGCCAUGUACCAGAAAACCUUUGAAGAUGAUUGGAUGGUACCAUCUUAUAGAAAGACCAGAAAAAUCUCAGGAUCUAUACUUCAGGACAGUGCUGUAGUGUGUGUGAUUGAUGGUCACAGAGGCAGAGGUCAGCACCUGACCUCCAACUUCCUGGAUUUGCCAUAUCCUGUCUCUUCCUUCAGGGGCAGGAGAGGGGAACCCAGAGGGCCCUACUUCAGAAGACAGUUUGGCCAAAGAGGCCCCGCUCAGGUACAUGCACCCAUGAUACCAGGAUCACCCAUCUUCUCACGUCAACCAUUAACCCCACGGCAGCAUUACAAUCAGACAGGGGGCUUUAUGUAUCCUACGAGCCGGCCUUGCCCCUCCACUCCUCGGUCUCUGACUCCUAAGAUGAUGCAACUUCGCUUCGGUGCCAACUCACCAAGGCCGUCCCCCUUUUACAGCCCCUCAUCUAAUCCAGUGCAGCAUUUCAGGUACCCGGGUCCAGUCACCCAGCUCCACCCACAACAUAAACGACUACUUAGUCAAAAGCAGCGAAUAUUCCAAAGAAAACCAGAGGGCUGGGAUCCUUACUUUAAUCUGAUGACAUCCAAAGAGAAGGAGUGGAUCACCCGGCUGCAGAUGAUUCAGCUGCAAAGUGAGAAUCCAUACCUGGAGGACUACUAUUACCAGGAGUACUAUCGACGAAUAGAAGCUAAGAUGGCAGAGGAAGAGCUGGGCAUCAGGAGCAAGAGGGAGCCACCCAAACUCACCACACCUUACAUCACGAAAACUGACCACCAGUACACACCAGUGGUGCACAUUGAAGGCUCUUUGGGUCAAGUUGCUGUGUCCACAUGUUACUCUCCUCGACAUGCCAUCGGUGCUGUUCAUGCCGUCCAAGCUCAGGGUCCACUCGAGGAACAAAAAGACACCAGACAACAGCGGUUAGAGGUCCUCAGUAAAAUAGAAAAGCUGUUCAUGGUUUUGUUGGAAGUCGAGGAGACGGAGAGGAUGAAAACCACAGUCCUGUCUGAAGCAGAAGAAAGAAGGUUGAUGGAGAAGACCCAGAGGAAGGUGGAGCACAUCUACUCCCAGCUGCAACACCACGAUCCCCUAGAUUCAGGAGGAGAGUUUCUUCCUUUCCUACUGGUCUCAAAAGGCAAAAAGCUUCUUGCCCGUCUGCUUCCAUUUCUGAAACAUGAUUCUGCAAUAAUGAUCCUGAGGAUUGUGACCUCUAACCUACCUACACUGAUGAGCAGAGAUGCAGAUGAGGCUCUUCCAGUGCUCUACCCAUCUCUCCUGAAUGUGAUCGGAGGCCUGACAUUCAGUCAGCUAAUCGGGGUCCUCAGAGAUCUGACAUCAUCUGAGUCUCUAACGACAUAUGAGUCCCUCACGCUGGCGUGUCAGAACAAGUUCGGACUGUCCUUACUGUAUGCUCUCCUGUCCCAAGGAGAGAAGUUGCUGUCCUCUGGUGUUCCUCUAGAGCCCAGCAUCGGUGACUUUGAGACCUGGACCGACACAAUAUUCCAGGUGGCGGGACAGCUAUCGCAGUGUUCACUGGUGGAGCCACUCGUCAUGCCCUCAAACCUGCUCACUCUCUUCUGCCGUUACCUGGACAAGCGCACUGUGCAUCAGCUGAAAAGCAACAUGGAGUCUGCGACAGGAUUCCUGGCUCUUCCAUCUUAAGGUGGAUGGUAGCAAAUGAGACGUUCAGCUAAUGACCGGGUUGUGGUGAGCACCAGGGUGAAAGGAGCAGAAGUGAAGCCCUGACAAAAAUUCCUCAGUGUUCAUCAUAACACAAGAUAUGUAAUAUACCUGUGUUCAAAAUAAUUUGAUUCUUAUUCCUUUUGCCCUUCUCCCUCCUCCCUUCACAUUUUUGCACACCCAAAACCUGUUUCCCUUUUUUAUUUCCUUUAUCUGAUCUUUUUACUUUCCUCUGUUUGGUCUCCAGUAGGUUACAUCAGUGCAGUUUUCUCUGAAAUCACAAAUCCAAGUUUGUUUUUUUUCUUUAAUUUUCCCAAACAAGUGUUUUCCAUGAGAUUACCAUAUACUGUAGGUGGUAACUUUGCAUUAUGUUGUGGAUGGAGUUAGUUACUUAUCUGUCUUCUAUCUAACCACUCAGCAUUUACACAUUUCCAAAUGUUCUAUCUAAAUAGUAGUUACUUUUAGAAGAAAUUUGAGGUAUCACUUCCUAAGAUAAAUGUGUUGGAUCAGAUAUUGGUGACCACGUUGAGGAUUGUAUAGUAAUUUAUGAUUGUACAGCUGAACCUAUGUUGUUUAUAAUAACCACUAUAGAAGUUGUCAUGGCAUGGCCCAUCAACAUAAGCCAUGCAGUUUUGGGUUUUUUGUAAAAAGGCAUGCAUUGUGUGUAUACAUGUGUAGCAAUACUAAUUAUGAUGUAUUUGAUGUAAUUUUCCAUCUUAGAUGCUUCAGUUGUAAAGAGAUUUUUAUUUAUUGUAUUCAUUUGGAAACAGGAAUAACUUAAAUCGCACCCUUGUAGAGCACUUGCAACAUAAAUAAAAAAAAUCUUUAAAAAUG